UAAAAAUGCGGUCAAUAAUCGAUAGUUAUUGGCUCAUAAUCGUCACUAUGAAAUAUUUAUGAAUCUUAUGGAAACAUACAUAUAAGGGUAAAUCCGGAAAAAAAUAAUAAUCAAAGAGUCUCUCUCUCUCUCUCUCAUUCGAUCUCGACGAUUUCACCGACUAAUCGGAGUUUGGAUCGGAGAUUAGAUCCGGGAAAUCACUGACGAAUCCUUUCUGGAUUUUGGAUCGGUCUAUGCUUCUCUACUCUACUUGAUCUUGAUCUUCUAGAAAUUUAACUUCGUUUUGCAAUUGAUCGUCUCGCUUUAAGAAGCUUGCAGAUCCGUUGAUCUCUUUCUGUGAUUUUGCGGGGUUUAGGGUUAGGGUUUUAAUUUCGAUUUCGGUUGUCAAUUUUGAUGGCUUCGACUGCUGAUUUCCUCCUGGAUGAUCAAACGGACGAGGAUUUCUUCGACAAACUUGUUGAUGAUUCCUAUACUCCUACCGCUUCAUCCUCUGCCAAGGAGCUGAAAUUCGAUGACGGUAGUGAUUCCGAUGACGCCAAAGCUUUUGCUAAUCUCUCCGUCGUUGACGAUGUUUUGGGUGAUGGAGAUGUCGCAUUGAAUGAAGCAGGUUUGGGGAACGAUGUUGCAAACGAGGGUACAAGUGGUUCGGUGGGAAAAGAAGAGCCUUCUUCAUCUAUUGCUCCGGAAGCUGUUCAAUUUGUCAACAGUGAUGCAAAUAGGUUAAGGGAUGUUGAUGUGGUGCGAUCGGAGGUGGAUGAUAUGGCACUAACUGAAACAGGAAAAGAGAGUAAUAUAGUCGAUGGAUCUGGGAGUCCUGGGGUUAAGGAGGUUGACUGGGGCUCGUUUUAUGCAGAUUCAUCUGUAAAUGACGGUGGUGGGUUUGGUUCAUACUCUGAUUUCUUCACUGAGUUGGAUGCAACUGCAGGAAAUGUACAGGGACAGGCGGAGGUAGCUGUGGCCACUGGAGGAAACUUAGUAGCCAAUGAUACAAUUAACACAAGUGUUGGUUUAGAUAAUUCGGCAGGCUUUGAGCAACACCAGGGUCAAGUGCAACACGAUUCUGGAAGCGGGCAGUAUGUGGAUAACAGUCAAUCUUGGGAAAAUCUCUAUCCUGGAUGGAAAUAUGAUGCAAGUACUGGUCAAUGGUAUCAAGUUGAUGGUCAGGAUGCAACCGUUAAUUCACAGGAGAGCUAUAUUAACUCAACAGGUAACUGGGAAAGCGUUGCUGCUGAUAACUCGGAUGUUGCUUAUCUGAAACAGAGUACAACAUCUGCAAUGGCUGGCACAGCUGAGAGUGUGUCUACAUGGAACCAGGUUUCACAAGUGGGCAAUGGAUAUCCAGAACACAUGGUAUUUGACGCCCAGUAUCCUGGAUGGUACUAUGACACAAUUGCUCAAGAAUGGCGCUCUCUGGACAGCUACAACCAGGCUUCCCAAACAACUGUAACUGGUCAAGCUCAUGAUCAGCAAGUUCAGAACGGUCAUGCUCGUACAACUACGUAUCACAAUAAUAGCCAGAGUAGUGUGUAUGAUGUUAACAACAAAAACCAGACAUUCAAAGCGCAAGACUUUGCUAUUCAGGGCCAACACGGAAGUUGGGACGAAUCUUACUAUGCCAACAAUCAGCAGGCUGGAAACACUUGGCAACCAGUAAAUGUAGGUAAGGCUGAGCCUGCGGUAACUUCUGAUUCAUUAUCACGCUUCGGAGGAAACCAGCAAGUAAAUAAUUUGUACAGUACAGAAUCUGUGGCUGAACAGUUUAAGCCAAAUACGAUUGGAGCCCAGAGCUUUAUCCCUCAGCAUAUGAAUGUGGCUAGUGCCACACAAAAUGGACCAUUGAGUUUCUCAAACGAUUUGUAUAAUAGACAGCAAUCGGUAGAUCAUGCUCAAAAGUCUUUUCAGAACAAUCAGCUUUUCUCCCCAAGUGUGGGAAGAUCAUCUGAUAGGCGUCCACCACACGCACUAGUCAGUUUUGGAUUUGGUGGGAAGCUCAUUGUUAUGAAGGAUAAUAAUGGUUCUCUGCAGAAUACAUCAUUUGGGAGUCAGGGGAUUGGGGGAAGCUCCAUCACUGUCUUAAACUUGGCAGAAGUUAUUUCUGGGAGUGCCUCUUAUUCCAGUCCCGGGGAAGACUCUUUGAGCUACUUUCGUUGUCUGCAUCAACAAUCUCUUCCAGGCCCUUUGGUAGGGGGAAAUGUUGGAAGUAAAGAGUUGCAUAAGUGGAUUGAUGAGAGACUCUUGCAUUGUGAAUCUUCCAACAUGGAUUUUUCAAGAGGGAAACUCUUAAAGAUGCUUCUUUCUUUGCUCAGAAUAUCUUGUCAGUAUUAUGGGAAACUCCGAUCUCCUUUUGGCUCUGAUGCAUCGCAAAAGGAAACGGAUACUCCAGAAGCAGCAGUUGCUAAACUUUUUGCAUUUGCCAAGAAAGAUGGCAUCCAAAAUGGUUAUGCUCCUAUUAGCCAAUGCUUGCAGCAUUUACCACCUGAAUCGCAAAUGCAAGUAACUGCUUCAGAGGUUCAGAAUCUUCUGGCUUCUGGUAGAAAAAUGGAGGCUCUACAAUGUGCGCAAGAAGGCCAUUUAUGGGGACCGGCACUUGUCAUCGCGGCUCAACUUGGGGAUCAGUUCUAUGUAGACACUGUGAAACAAAUGGCCCUUCGCCAGCUGAUACCCGGGUCACCUUUACGGACAUUGUGCCUACUCGUUGCGGGACAACCAGCUGAAGUGUGUCCCACUGGAAGUAGUAGUAGCAUGCUUGACAAUUGGGAAGAGAAUUUGGGUAUAAUAACUGCUAACAGAACCACAGAUGACGACCUUGUGAUUAUUCAUCUUGGAGAUAGCAUGUGGAAAGAAAGAGGGGAGAUAAUUGCGGCGCAUAUUUGCUAUUUAAUCGCAGACAAGAACUUUGAUCCAUACUCAGAAAGCGCCAGACUCUGCCUUGUCGGAGCGGACCAUUGGAAAUGUCCUCGAACAUACGCAAGUCCAGAUGCUAUACAGAGAACAGAGUUAUAUGAAUACUCUAAGACGCUGGGAAACUCUCAGUAUAUCCUGUUACCGUUUCAACCAUAUAAAAUCAUAUAUGCUCAUAUGCUGGCUGAAGUUGGUAAACUUUCUACUGCACAAAAGUACUGUCAAGCAGUAAUAAGAUGCCUCAAGACUAGCCGAUCAUCUGAAGUAGAAAUGUGGAAGCAGUUUGCUUCAUCUCUUGAAGAGAGAAUCCGUAGCCAUCAAGAGGGUGGGAAUUUGGCCCCAGCAAAACUUGUUGGAAAGCUGCUGAACUCUUUGUGGGGGAUGCCACCACCUGCACCACAUUCAACAACUGGAAACCCGCAGGUAAAUGAGUAUCAACAUCAACAGCAGGAAGCGGCUAAGUUAUCAUAUAGUCAAUCCGCUAAUACAAUGUCAUCAUUGAUGCCACCUGCUUCAAUUGAACCCGUACAUGAGUGGGGUGGGAACGGGAGGACAAUGGCAGCACAUUCUAGAAGUGUAUCAGAGCCAGAUUUCAGUAGGACGCCAAUACAGGUCUAUAUCACUAGAAAACCAUUUCUUUUUCUUCUUUUUUGUUAGUAACAGAUGCGGGUAAGUUGCUCCCUCAUCAUGCUAUUUCCCCUAUCCAGCUACCCCACACUCAGAUAUAUCACUGGAUCGAGUAGUCCUAAGGAGGCUUUCUAAGUAUACCAACCAAUACGCGUCAGAAAACCAUUGCUUAUUGCUUAAAUGUUUGUCUUUUCUGAUAGGAUCAGACUGACUCCUCAAAAGACAAAGCUCCUGAUGGGGUGACACAGGUGAAAUCAACUCGGAAGGUGCCAAGUUCUCGGUUUAGCCGCUUUGGUAUUGGCAUAUUGAAGAACACUGUAGGGAAGGUCUUCCCAUCUCGAUCAUCUAAUGAGGCAAAACUGGGUAAUGAGAAUCAAUUCUACUAUGACGAUAACCUAAAGAGAUGGGUGGAAAGAGGUGUGGAACCCCCAGCUGAGGAAGCUGCACUACCUCCUCCUCCAACGUCAGUCCCAUUCCGAAGCAACUCAUUGGGUCAUGAAAACAAGUCUGAGAUAAAGAACGAGAUGUCUCCAUCUAGUGGGAGCUGGAGUAGUGGCAGCCCAACUCCGUCAGAGAAUUCUCCGGGAAUCCCACCAGUCUCACAGGGCUCAAACCAAUUCUCAGCUCGUGGACGUAUGGGUGUGCGUGCAAGGUACGUUGACACCUAUAAUCAAGGCUCCUCGAGCAUGUAUCAGUCACCUCCCGUGCAAUCUUCUAAACCACCGAUUCCUGCGAAAGCAAAAUUCUUUGUCCCAGCAGCACCGGCAUCGUUUGCAAACGACCAGGUAAUGGAAUCGGUUAGUGCUGAAACCAGACAAGAGAACUCAGGAGAUGAAGCAGUAGUAGGCUCUGCAGGCGCUCCAGGACCAAGCCAGGCUUCAUUCCAGUCCCCGACACCAUCUCCAAUUGCAAUGCAGAGAUUUCCAAGUGUAGACAACAUCAGAAGAAGUGGAUCAGGAACAAGCCUUAAUGGUGAUCUUCCUCAGUCAGUAUCAAGAAGAACAGCUUCAUGGAGCGGAAGCGUCAACAGCUCGUCGUUUAUGUCUCCAACGAGUGCAUCAACAUUCAGACCAAGCCCACUGAACAGUAGCAGUAGCAGCUUAGGAGAGGAGCUUCAGGAAGUUGAACUGUAAGUUGAAAAAUCUGUAAUAUCACAAAAGAAAAAAAAAGUUUUGCUCACUGUCACAACAGGUUAGAUCGAUCAAUCAAUCAAAUGUUAAUCCAUGAGUUACCCCAAAAUUACAUGAAGCACUUUCUCUGCUUCUGUCAAUGACAGGGGGCAAAUAUGUAUUAUGCCGUUUGUAUUUUUUUUUUAUUUUCUUACUAAAUAUAAAUUCAUUAAAUUUCUUUGUUAACAGACUUGAGGAAUUACACAAUAAUACACAUUAAUAUUUCGUUCAUGAGUGGUAAUGAAAUUUGUUCACCA